CGGAAGACAAUUUUCAUGACGCACUGUGGCUACCCGAUUCCGUCCCGGAAACACGAUUUGUUCCGCGCAUGCGCGAAACUGACGUCACUUCCUGUUAUCGCCGACGUUUUACGACAAUCUUCUCGACCUGGGACCAGCUCGGAAUCUGGCAGGGGUGCAUUUCUCGGCAUUACACCUGUUCCGGGCGUCUUCGAAUUUUAUCAUCAAAGACACAUUGCAAGCUUCAUUGACCCAGGAUCCUGGACUGAAAAAACAGGAAGAGACCUUGAGUUUUUUCCUCAACAGUCCAGUGGGGAUUCUUGUGGUGUCUACAUGCUGAUGUAUGCUCUCAGCAUCUGCACAUCAUGUCCCUUAACAUUCACAGAGGAGGAGGUGCCAUUGAUUCGCCAGUGGUGGUGCAUUAACCUCAUGGAAAGAUUUUGCCUAGAAGGGCAUGGACAGAGGUUUGCAUACUGGACCGAAGAAGCAUCCCAACUCCUUCAGGGGAUCGUUGAGCCUGUGUUUAGGGUGUCGAAAUUCACCACCACCAAACUGUCACCCAGCAGAAGAGUUGUGGAUGACAAGGACAUUGAUAAGGUGCAGCAGCCAACCAUUGUCCGAGACCUAAAUACAGCGUGGUACUGGGUACAGAAUCACAGACACUUAUUCCGUGGGGAGGUGACAGAGCCUGCCUUUUUGCAGAUGAACAGGGGUGAUCAACAAAAUGCCAUCAAGAACCUCUUGGGGGGUCAAUUCUCUGAGGCGAAGGAUGCCUUUUUGUUUAUAUUUCAUUACCAAGAAGACAUGGAAACAUUUUUGUCGUACUGUGUUGAUGACCAAGGCCUAAAGGUCAAUGCUAUGUUCUACAAAGAGAAAUGUAGUGUGUGAGUGUGUGUGCGCGUGUGUGAGUGAGUGAGUGUGCGUGAGAGAGAGAGCGUGAGAGAGAGUGUGCGUGUGCGUGCGUGUGUGCGUGUGUGU